GACAGCAGCAGGGCGAGAGCGGAGCAGAGUGGCCAGAGAGACAGGCACAGGAGCUGGUACCUCAGCCUAGUACACAGCUACUGCACUACUGCCACAGUACAGAGGAGAAUACAGACAGGCUGAGCUACACUGAGCUGGUAAAUGAUGAACAGAGAAGUCCUAGGUUUCAGACCAGACAAGAGGAGUCCUCUUAGGGAAGACCUGAGACCUGUCUCUCACCACAGUCUUUACCUGAGCCAACCUCCAUUCUACCUGAACCCCCCCAAACACUCCCUCUCCCAGACCAGAGAGGCCUACAGCGCCGCCUUCAGCCCUCUGACUCACCAUCAACCCAUUGGCUCUGAGGGCAUCCAUUACACCCAGAGGGAAGGCUCCCAAAAACAUAAAAGAACUCCACUCAAAAUGGAGGGUUCCAAAUCCCCAACUCCUGGAGACAUGGAGGAGGUGGAGCGUCGAGGCAACACCAGGACUGUUGAUCUCUCCCACCUUCCGUUCUCCCUCCCUCCUCACCCGCGUCUCUCUCCCUCUCCCAUGCCCAUCCCAGGUAUGAUCGACCUGACCCGGCUCCAGCUGCACAGCAGGGCUCUGUCCAGGUAUGAUCCACCUAUGGGCCUCCCAGUGCAGGUGAAACAGGAACCAAUCAGCCCCUCACCUGUGUGGCCUCCCUCUCCUCUCCUCCUGCACCACCCUCCUCCCCCGUUCUUUCCCCCUCUCCACCCCAGCCUCCUCCCCUUCCCCUUCUUCAUGCCUGGGCCUGUCAUGCACCUCUCUCCUGGAGCCUUCUACCCCAGAGAGGCCCUCAGACCUAGUCGGCGUGGCCCAGACGGAGGCCCCCGAGGUGGGAUGUCCAGCGCUCAGAAGCUGGGUCUCAACAUCCACAUCGACGACAGCUACUACGUAGAUGUAGGGGGAGACCAGAAGCGUUGGAAGUGCCGUGUAUGUGAGAAGUCAUACACCUCCAAGUAUAACCUGGUCACACACAUCCUGGGCCACAGCGGGAUCAAGCCUCACGGCUGCCACCUGUGUGGGAAGCUGUUCAAGCAGCUCAGCCACCUGCACACACACCUGCUUACUCACCAGGGCACACGGCCACACAAGUGCCAGGUGUGCCACAAAGCCUUCACCCAGACCAGCCACCUGAAGAGACACAUGAUGCAGCAUAGUGAUGUGAAGCCAUACAGUUGUGGGGUGUGUGGGAGGGGCUUUGCCUAUCCUAGUGAGCUGCGGGCCCAUGAGCUGAAGCAUGAGAAAGGCCAGGAGAACGUGUGUGUAGAGUGUGGUCUGGACUUCCCCACUCUGGCCCAGCUCAAGAGACACCUGACAGCCCACAGAGGACCCACCCUCUACAGGUGUAGUGAGUGCCAGAAGAGCUUCCAGUACCCCAGUCAGCUGCAGAACCACAUGAUGAAGCAUAAAGACAUCCGGCCAUACAUCUGCAGCGAGUGUGGCAUGGAGUUCAUACAGUCCCAUCACCUCAAACAACACACACUUACACAUAAGGGGCUGAAGGAGCACAAGUGUCGUAUCUGUGGUCGUGAGUUCACCCUCCUGGCCAACAUGAAGCGCCACAUCCUGAUCCAUACUAACAUCCGGGCCUACCAGUGCCACCUCUGCUUCAAGAGCUUUGUCCAGAAACAGACCCUCAAGGCCCACAUGAUCGUCCACUCUGACAUCAAACCCUACAAAUGCAAGCUGUGUGGGAAGGAGUUCAACAGAAUGCAUAACCUGAUGGGCCAUAUGCACCUGCACUCUGACAGUAGGCCCUUUAAGUGCCUCUACUGCCCCAGCAAGUUCACUCUGAAGGGAAACCUCACCCGCCACAUGAAAGUCAAACAUGGAAUCAUGGAUAGGGGCCUGGAUGCAAGAGUGUUCAGGCGGCGGGGGCGCUUCUGCCUGUCGGCCCCUCUGGGUCUCCUGACCCGCUACAGCCAGGAAGAGCCCUUUGACCUCUCCCAGAAGCCCAGGCGGCCGCGGCCCAGCUUGCGCCUCUCCCAGUCAGACGGGGAGAGCGUCCUGGGGAGCUCCUGUCAGGAGGAGGAUGAGGAGGAGAGCAUGUACAGCAGGAGCCAGUACAGCCCUGAGGUCUACCAGCACCACACUGGGGGACAGGUGUACAGGUCUGAGACAGCUAAACAGAUGUACAGACAGGAUAUGGAGACUAGUGGACAGGCGUACCCGCCUGGGGCAGGUGACGAGGUCCAUCAGCCUGUGUCAGAGCCAGGUGAUGCAAAUAAACAGUUGUACCAGUGUGUAACAGGUAGACAGGUGUAUGACUCUGACUCAGAGCUAGGUGACCAGCCAUAUGAAAUGGAGUCAGAGGCAGGUGAACACCAUAUAGGUGACAAGCUGUGUUUCCCACGGUCAGGUAAUACAGGUGAACAUAUGUACCACUCAGAUUCCGAGUUAGGUAACCAGUUGUAUCAGCCUGACCCAGACCAGCUAGAGAUAGGUGACCAGAUGUACCAUUCUGACCCAGGCGAGGAGAUGAUGGACACACCUGAACCAUGUGAAAAAGACUACCACUCAGACCCUGGGGUCUUAACAAAAACCAUAAGGCCUAAUGAGGAGGAAGAGGAGGAUUUGGUGAGAGCUGGGAGCAGGGUAGAGGAAGAACAGAGAAAGCAGUUUAGGCGUUAUUUUAGCAGGGAAGAAUACAGACGUGUAAGGAGUUAUAACGAUAGUAACAGUUCCUCUUCUACAGAGCAGUGAAAUGAGGAGUAGGACUAGUGAAUAGGCUACUGUGCUGAAGAGAAGAGGGUUGAGAGCUAUUCUAAAAGGGUGGGGAGAGAAUUUAGUAGUAACUCAAAUAAGCCACUGGUGUAGCGCACACUCCCGCAAGACCUUAGAGAUAAUGUUUGCUUUAUAAAUGUUGUUUUAAAUCUAGAAAAACAUGCCAAAAUGCUAACGAAAUUAUCCCUGGAGCAUUUAAUAUUGCUAUAUAACCAAACAAAAAGAAGUUUGGAGAUUUGUAUUACAUAUUUUAAUAAUCUAAUGUUAGAAUUAAUCAAUCAAGACCUUUAAACACUUGUGGGACAACAAUUGUAAAAAUGAAAUGCCUUUUAUGGUGUCUGACACAGUUGACAUAAAUCCAGUUAGUUGCAUUUUAUGAAAAAAUAAACAAAAUUGGUUGUUCCUUUCAUGGUGUGAUAAAAAUAUAUAUUUCAAAUGUUGUUAA